GGACUAGCCUUAAAGCAUCCUUGUGUCGCUGUCAAAAUAAUUGUCACUUUUGCUCUUGGAAUUUAUAUUCUGCCUACUGCAAUUCUAAUAGUCACGGUACAUUUCUCAGUCCGCACACGUUUUCUCUCACAAGUCUUUGUUUCAUACUUCUACCUUUCUUUCCCCUUGCAUCACGUUCAGGGUGAGAUGACCUGUAUCAGGUCAAGUCAACUUAGUCGAGCUUAACUUCAGGCCCAUUCCUUCCGGCAGAAAAUAAAUCUUUAAAUGGCCUCUACACACAAAGAUCACCCAAGCUCCAGUCUAAAACACUCUAGCUCCUUGGUUCUUCCACAUCCUGUAAAGUCUGGAAUCAUGCCCUCAAUGUUUACUCUACUCUAUAUUUUACUCAUCCUUUUCUCCGUCAGGACUACAAUACUCGAAGCAGCACAAGCAAACAAGUCCGAGAUUGAUCGCCAAGCCCUCCUCUGCUUCAAGUCCGGCAUCAACUCUUAUCCCAUUGACAUCCUAAAUUCAUGGAGUGAUGACUCACUUAACUUUUGCAGCUGGAAAGGGGUCAUUUGCGGCACAAAGUUUCCACCCCGGGUGGUCUCACUUAACUUCAACUAUGCUCGUCUCAGUGGGAAGUUAUCUGGAUGCCUGGGCAACUUGACAUUUCUAUCCAGGAUGAACCUUGCCUAUAAUAAUCUUUCGGGAACUAUCCCUGAAGAGUUGGGUAUGCUUCCAAACCUCCAUACACUGAAUCUUGCCGGCAGCUAUCUUCAAGGUAACAUCCCCAUUUUCUUAGGCGCUAGCAAUUCUCUUAGCUAUGUAAAUCUUGCAAACAACACCCUUACCGGUGGUAUUCCUCUCCCAUUGACCGAUUGCUCCUCACUCAGCACACUUAUACUGUCACGUAAUAACCUCUCAGGAGAGAUCCCUUCUACUUUGUUUGAUAAUUCAUCUAAGCUUGCUGUGGUUGAUCUCCAGAAGAAUUCUUUCACUGGUCUCAUCCCACGUUUCCAUAAGGUCACAGCACUCAAAUUUCUUUGCCUGACAGAGAACUUCCUCUCUGGAAGCAUACCUCCUUCAAUGGGAAAUGUUUCUUCCCUCACUUCUAUAUUGCUCGGCCAAAAUAAGCUAUCAGGAUUAAUUCCAGAAGCUAUAGGUCACACUAGAAAACUGCUUGAGCUUGACCUAAGUUUCAACAGUUUAUCAGGUAAUGUCCCGGUUUCCCUUUAUAACAUGUCAUCACUCAAAAACUUUAGUGUUGGCAGCAAUGGCCUUGUUGGACAGUUACCAUCUUACAUUGGUCACUCACUACCAACCCUCCAGUCCCUAAUUAUGGGAAGCAACAGGCUGGAGGGCUUGAUCCCUACUUCACUAGCCAACAUGUCAAAUCUUCAAAUGCUUGAUCUUUCAGACAACUCGCUAAAUGGCCCUGUUCCAUCUCUUGGUUCUUUGGCAAACUUGAGUCAGUUAGUUUUGGGGAGCAACUUGCUAGAAGCACAUGACUGGUCAUUUCUUACAUCUCUAGCAAAUUGCACCCGGCUUACAAAGUUGUCCUUGGAAGGGAAUGGUUUGAAUGGCAGCUUACCUGCAGCAGUUGUUAAUCUUUCCACAAGACUGCAAGAUUUGUCGCUUGGGUCAAACAAAAUUUCAGGCUCCAUACCUGUUGAAAUUAGCAAUCUUGUUAAUCUCACUUCUCUUAGGAUGGAAAGUAAUUUUCUUUCUGGAAGCAUACCUUCUACCAUUGGAAAGCUGCAAAACCUAUAUGUCCUAAAUCUAUCAAAGAACAAAUUAUCAGGUCAGAUCCCUCCCUCAGUUGGUGACAUUACUCAACUGGGCAAGCUUUAUCUUGAUGAUAACAACUUGAUUGGAAACAUACCUGAUAGUUUAGGUCAGUGCAAGGGACUUCUUGAACUAAACUUGUCUACUAACAGCCUUGAUGGGUCAAUACCAGUCAAACUUUUUGAUCGCCCUCCACUUUCCUUGGGUGUGGACUUUUCGUACAACAAGCUCAUAGGAGAAAUACCAUCAGAAGUUGGUAAUUUGGCAAAUCUUGCUCUUCUGAAUGUUUCCAACAAUAUGUUGUUUGGAACAAUUCCUGAAGCUCUUGGAAGCUGUCUUACUUUAUUGUUCUUGCGCAUGGAGAGAAACAUGCUUGAAGGGCAAAUUCCUCAAAGUUUCAGGAAGUUGCGGUCCAUCCAGCAGAUUAAUCUAGCUCGAAAUAUUUUGUCUGGUCCAGUGCCGGAAUUCUUUGGCGACCUCACUUUGUUGGACAAGCUGGAUCUAUCAUACAACAACUUUGAAGGGCCAAUUCCCUCUGGUGGAUGCUUUAGGAACUCGAGUAUGGUAGUUUUGGAUGGCAAUAGGAUGUUGUGUGCGAGAGUCUCCAUGCUAGGGCUUCCAAUUUGUGAUGACACCCAAACAAAGAACCAUGUGCCCUUGCUAAGAAUAAUAAUGAUAAUUACACCGUUAAUUGCUGGUGUGUUAUUGUUAUAUUUGGUUGUCACUGUUUGGAAAAGAAGGGUGCAGCUUACAUUUCCAAGGUGUAAUAAGAUUCCUGGUGUGUUAUGUUUAGUUGCCAACCGGAAGAAAAGAGAAGCAGUUGCCAACCAGAAGAUAAGAGAAGUGGUUGCAUGUUCUAACCACAAGGAGACUCUGAAGAAGAUAUCAUAUGGUGACAUUCUGAAAGCUACCAACUGGUUUUCUUCGGUCCAUACUAUCAGCUCAACCUGUACCGGAUCAGUUUAUGUCGGUAGGUUCAAGUCUGACAGGAGCCUAGUUGCUAUCAAAGUAUUCAACCUGAAUGAGCCUGGUGGAUAUGGUAGUUACUUUACCGAGUGUGAGGUGCUACGAAGCACCCGCCACCGGAAUAUAAUGCGGCCUAUGACCCUAUGCUCGACACUUGAUUCAAAAAACCAUGAGUUCAAAGCACUGGUCUUCAAGUUCAUGGUUAAUGGCAGCCUUGACAGAUGGUUGCACUCUGAGCAGCACAAUGUAAUCCCAGACAGAGUGCUAAGCUUUGGCCAGAGGAUAUGCAUAGCAGCAGAUGUCGCUUCUGCUCUGGAUUAUGUCCACAACCAACUGACGCCUCCUUUGAUCCAUUGUGAUUUGAAGCCACACAAUGUCCUUUUGGACGAUGACAUGACUGCACGGCUCAGUGACUUUGGCUCAGCAAAGUUUCUAUUACCAGGCCAGGUUAUUCGUAAAAGCCUGGUUGAUGUCGGAGGGACUAUUGGAUACAUAGCACCUGAGUACGGGCUGGGCUGCAAGAUCUCUGUAGGAGCUGACGUGUAUAGUUUUGGAGUGCUUCUGCUAGAGUUGCUUACCGGAAAACGACCAACCGAUGAUAUGUUUGUCGAUGGGCUUACCCUUCCCAUUUUCUCUGAAUCCAUGUUCCCUGACCUAGUGGCGGAGAUGCUAGAUACUCAUAUGGCGCAUGAGGAGUAUCAAGGGUGCGUAGAAGCAUGGAUGCAGAGAUAUAUUGCCCCGUUGGUUGCUCUGGGGCUGUCAUGUACUGUGGAAUCUCCGAAGGACAGACCUGGAAUGAAAGAUGUUUGUGCAAAACUUUCUGCUCUCAGAGACGACUUUCUGGAACGCCAUCAUGACGAUUGACGAAUAUUUGAGCUCUGUUAGAGCAUGCUGAUUUGUUAUCGUUAAGAAUGUAAUUUGGCAUAAUCUACUGAAAGUGCCAAGUGCCCAAUGUGAUUUGCAGUGAGCAACAGUUGGCUACUGAAAGUGUCAACUAUCCUUUGUUGCGGGUUUGCUGACUAUUUUCAUUUUGAUCUUAAGGUGUAUGUAUGGCUAAAUUCCUUAGUAGCAUAAACUGUAUUGUUUAUAUCAAGGUAUUUUUCUGUCAAA